CGAUAUGUCAACUGUCAUUUUGUGUAGUGUGUUGCGUUUUAACGAAUUUUUAUUUUGUCCAAAGCAAAGUGCUAAAAAUAACUGUCAACAAGAUCCCGUGGAGAAGUAGCCAAUUUAUAACACUAUAAUUAAAUAACGAAGGAUUUGGUUUAGGGUCAGUUACGUAUGAAUGUCUUUUAAAUUAGAAUGGAUAGGUUCUGGGGGCAUCGGGUUGUUUUUUCCUAGUAAUGCAUUUUAACCCAGAUUUAUGAUGAGUACUCAAUACCGGUUAGUUGACAAAAAUUUUAAAAAUAAUAUGGUCGAUUCAACGGUUUUGGUGGAAGAUGGAGUGGUUUGGGAUCAAGGGGAGAUACAAAUGGGUUUAAAUUAUGAGCAAACGGAAAAUGUUUUAGUAGAUAAUAAUCGAGAAAGUUAUUUGUCGACAAACGAUGAUGGAAAUGGAACACAAUACUUUUCGUUACUAGAGACCACAAAUGAGAAUGUCUUAAGUGAUUUAAAUGACAUCACAUUGUACACAGAUGGUAGUAGUCCAAUGCAAAUGCCAGAACAAAGUGUUAAUGUGAUUUGUGCUUUGGAUGAACAAAAUCAAAGUGUUGUGGCCGUUACUGAAUCAGACGAUUUAUAUGCAUUUCAAGUUGCUUACGAUGACGAUGGAAAUGUUCACAAAUAUAGAUAUAUGUUACGACUGAAUGAAAAUGGAGAAUAUGAAAGUGUUCCCGAGUCCUUAGAACUACUUCCAGAUGAAAUGGAAUUGCCGAUUAGCGAAGUGCUACCUAUUGAGGAACCACAAGUGGAGUUUGAGAAUAAUCCGAAGGUCGCAUUUCAGAAUGGCGAUCUGAUUGUUAAAAAAGAGGAAAAUGAGAGAGUUUCUAGCCAUACGGAUGACAGUUACCAAGGGCUGGAAGUGAAUGAGGACGAGCAGAUUUAUGAUAAUCAAAUGUUUGAAGAAAAUGUAGAUUCUAAGUUAGCUGUAAUAAGUCAAAAGGAAGGUGUCCACAAAAUAGAAGCAGCAAGUUGCAGUUCAGAAGAAUCAAACCCUGCAUUCGACUCUACUAAUUUUCCUGUGGAAAAUGAAGAUCUCUCCUCAAUGAAGCCAAUUCCCGAUUCAGCCAAUAACCACUCACUUGAGUCACACGAGUUGUCCAUAAACAAUUUUAAUUCGGUUUAUGCAUUACAACAAGAAGCUGUUCAAGAGGAUGAAGAAGCUUCGCACGAUAUGUUUGAAGGGGGGCAUCUUAUAAUAAGCGACGAAAAUGGACCGGAAUGUGAGAAUGCAAUUUCUCACGAUGAAGUCAAUCCCAUAAAUGGGCAGGAACAUGAAGACUUACCGGAUACUAUAACUGGAAAUGAAUCUGAAGAAGAAUUUCAAAUUGUGGAUGGUGUGCACGUCACGGGCGACAACGAUGAUCAUGGCGUCGUUGUUGCGUCUAAUCAACCAAAAGAUGCCGAUCAACACAUUUUGAAAAUUCACGAAAACGUUUCAUCUACAAAUAACGCCUUAGUAGAUAUUAAAAUAAAGAAUGCGCUUAAACGAAAUGGUAAUAAGAGCAACAAGAACUUAAUGUAUUUUAUUAUUAAAGAGCCAGAAAAAGAGAAUGUUGCAUCACUUGCAGAUGUCGGCAAAAAAGUAUUGAAAGCCAAUCCACGAAGCGUAUUAAAAAGCUCCUUCACUUACUUCGAAGAGAAGAAAGAUAAUGCAAAACUUGAAAGUCAAGUAAAGUGCGAGAAAAAGCCCGCCGUCAAAAUGAAGGAAAGUAAAGGGAAAGUUGUUCCAAACUUCUUACCAAAAACUACAAUUAUCUUAGCUCCCGUACGUCAAGAACGGAUGCCAAGAAAACAAACGAUUACACCUGUAAAACGAACCGACGAGGAAAUUAUUGUACAGGAAGUGGUAGUAUCCUCAAAUGGGGUUGUUGAAACAAAAGAAGAUGGUGUUUUAAAAUCCAAAGUAUUAUUAACCCCGACCGACUAUGUUCAGGUAUCCGAUUCCGACGAAGAUUAUAAUGUUAAAUCGGAACGUAAAAAGAAGAAGAAAAAGAAAAAGCGCCGAUCUAAGGUUACCAAAAUAGUCAUCACUGAUUCGGAAGAUGAGGACGUUGAGAAUGGCAUAGUAGAAAUUGAUUUGUCAGUUGAUUCUGAUCAAGAAAAUGGUGGAAAGGAUAAGCAAACUGAGCGAACAGGUAGUGAGACAGUUUCUCCCAAAAAGAAAAGAGGGCGCCCAUCAAAAAGACCUAGCAGUAGUUUAGAGGAAAGUGGCAGUUCUAGUUCAUCUAAAAGAUUAAAAAGUACAAAUGAAUCUGAGAGUAGUGAUAUUGCAACUCCAAAAAAAUCUGAAGAUUUGCCGAUCAAUACAAAGUGGAAUUGUUCCUCGUGUACGAAGGUAUUUCCUAGCCAAGGUAGCUUGAAAUCGCAUAUGCAAUAUCACACCUAUCAUGAAUCUGCAAACAAAACCAGCUCAUUUAAAAAGCCUAUAUCAACAACAUUAAGUAACUCGAGCCGCUAUAAAUGUUCUAUUUGUUUCGAUUCAUUUAAAAACAAUUAUUUGCUAAUGAAGCAUACAAAAGAACACAAUGACCCCAGUAAAUUUGAAUGCGGCGUCUGCAAAAAACUAUUCUCUGAUCAGUUACAAUUGACAAUUCAUAAACGCAGUCACGUCAAAACGCAAAUGUUUAACAAUACCACUCUUCCAAAGGAUUCGCCCAAAAAGAAACAAUCGAUUGGAAAUCGACAGAACACUUUAUGGUUACCAAAAAAGUGCAAGUGCCACAUUUGUUCAAAAGUAUUUGCAUCACAAAGACUUUUAGAUAAUCAUGCUAGUAUACAUAAAAAGUUCAUUUGUCUGUCGUGCAGUUCUACUUUUGUAUCAAAGUUGGCAAUGGAAGAUCACGUGCAGCGUCAAUGUGUAAAGCCAGUAAGCUCUCCUAAUCCAAACAGGACCGUAAAUAAACCAUUGCCCUCGUCUUCUAAAACAGUAAGCAUAAGAACUACAUCUGCUCAUAAAAUUAAGAAAAGUUCAAGCGAUUCGUCAUCUCCUGAUAAAGAGAAAAAAACUCCUUGUAGUGCCAAACAAAUUGAACUGAAAUGUGAUAAGUGUCCCGUAGUUUUUAAAUCGCACAAAAACUUAUUUACUCAUAAAGUGUUACAACACGGAUUAGAAACGCCAGAUGGAAGUAUAAAGGCGAACAAACGUAAAACCUUACUACAUAAGGAACUAGGGAAACACGGCAGUGUGCCUGCGAAUGAAAAGUUAAGGAAUGCAUUUGCAAAUUUAAGGACAAUAAAAUAGUAUUUUUAGGGUAGGUUUCAGUGUACAAAUUAGAAAUCAUUUCAAAAAUUCGCAUGUAGUAAUAAUUGUCUCUUAUCAUUAUAUGUAGACCCGGUGAAUGAAAAUGUUUAUUAAGACAAUAUGACCAUUUUAUACAUAUUUGCAUAUUAAAGUUCAAGGACAGCAAUGAUGCUUGGCAUCAAUCGUUUUACAUUAAAAUUAAGCGUCGCUCAAUGGUCAUUGAAGGUACGAGUGACCUGAUAAAUUUAUGUAAGCUUUCAGUUUUACAGUCAAUAGUACAAAAUCAGUCAUGUAAAUAAUAUCUAUCUAUCUAUAUAUAUAUAUAUUUCACUAUUUUUUAUGUUUUAGGAUACUUUACAAAAAAUUAAUAUAGUAUCAUCUCAUUCUCAUUAGCAUGUAUAUAUGUAAACUACUUUGUAUAAUUAAAUUUAUGAAUUAUUUAAUAA